AUGGAUUUUCAAAAUCGCGCCGGUGGAAAGACCGGCACGGGAGGACAGGCCUCAUGGUCGGAAAUGAACAAGGACAGGAGGGAGCGUCUCAGACAGUUGGCUCUGGAGACGAUUGAUUUGGCAAAGGAUCCUUAUUUUAUGAAAAAUCAUUUGGGAUCGUACGAAUGCAAGCUUUGCCUCACGCUGCAUAAUAAUGAAGGGUCCUACCUUGCGCAUACUCAGGGUAAGAAGCAUCAGGCCAACUUGGCUAGAAGAGCGGCCAAGGAAGCGAAGGAAAUGGGUGGGCCGCAGAUCGCGCCAGUUCGACCAAAUGUCCCGCUCAAGAAAUUCAUCAAAAUCGGAAGACCUGGAUACAAAGUUACAAAACAACGAUGCCCGCACACUGGCCAGCAAAGUCUUCUUUUCCAGGUUGAUUACCCCGAAAUCGUUGACGGUAUCGAGCCGCGCCAUCGAUUCAUGUCAGCUUACGAACAGCACAUUGAGCCGCCAGAUCGAAAAUGGCAGUAUCUUCUGUUCGCUGCUGAGCCCUACGAGACGAUUGCGUUCAAACUUCCAAGUAGAGAAAUCGACAAGAGCGAAGAAAAAUUCUGGGUGCACUGGAUUCCCGAGUCGCGCCAGUUCUUUCUUCAAUUCUAUUACAAAAUCGACAAGGGUGACAUGCGCGCUGGCAAGGGCCAGUACGCAAACAUGCCAGCGCCGAUGGAUUAA